UUUUACGACUGCCGAGCAGUCAAUAGGGGUCAUAGGACAUGUUUGUCUUGAUUGGGAAGUGUCGGCUGGAUCAAGAUAGGAAGGAGAAAAAGGGACCAAAAAGAAUAGAACAGAGGGACUCGGCAUGUUCCUUUUCCAAAUAUUAUUCUUGUCUCACUUCUGCGCAAACGCCAUCUUGUCCCGAAAGUCCCGUAGUUACUCUGAUAUUUAGUCGUACCCGGAUACGCGAAUAAAGUGCGUAGUAGAGUAGGAUGAAUUUUCUCUCCCUUUGUCUUUUUUUUUUUUUUUUUUUUUUUUUUUU